AUGAAGCCAUCCAAACGAGCGCCCAGAAAAGCAUGGGAAGUGUUUCCGGGGAAGAACACGUUCUACUGCGACGGGCGGCUGAUCACGGCGAACGACAAGACCGUCUUGUGCAUCACAGCAUCUCUUAUUAGCUUGACGACUGGACUCUUCCUCUUCAACGACUACCGCAUUACUCUUCGCGAUCAACCGUACGGCGUGUACAUGCUCUUCGCCUGUCUGCUGCUCUACUUCUUCGUGAUGCUGAUGUUGUUCCGGACUUCGUUUUCUGACCCAGGCAUAAUUCCACGAGCUUCCUCUUCCCAAAGCGCGCAAGUCGAGCGCCAACUGAUCGACGCCGACGUGCGCAAAAACGGCUACACUGGCUACAAACCACCGCCGCGCGUGCAAGAGAUCGAAAUCAACGGAGUGACGAUGAAGCAGAAAUACUGCUUCACUUGCAAAAUCUUCCGCCCGCCACGGUCUUCCCACUGCUCGAUUUGCGACAACUGCGUCGACAGAUUCGAUCAUCACUGCCCAUGGGUGAGCUACUCUUCAUCUUCUUCUUGA